AUGAAUUAAUUUCCAGAAGACCAACCAACUGAACCUGGAUUGUUACAGAAUAUACAGAAUGGAAGUUUGAUAACCGCACUUGUUGCAGGAACUAGUUUUGUUGUAGCUGAAGCUAAAUUAGCAAUUUAUUGAUAUUCUUCCAUAGGACCAGUUGCAGGAAGUUUGCAGCAGCUGCAUAAGCCAACAUUGAAAAUGUUGCAUUCGGAAUUGCAUUUGCUAGAGCAUAAGAAUUAGCAAUACUGGAAUCGGAGCCAUUGCACUGUCAGCCAUUGGAGUAGGUACAGUAUAAGGAAUUGA